CGACGCGCAGACAACGAGCGGCGACGUGCAGACAGCGAGGGGCAACGCGCAGAGGAUGUCACAGCCCAAUGCCGCCAGACAACAUUAGCUGAACACAUCACCAACUGCCACGAUUAUCUCGACCUCAAUAUAACCGUCAAGCCCAACAACUCCCUCCCUUCGAAAGGAACCAUCACAAACCCUCAGGAUAAAUUGGUGUCUUCGACACUCAAGCCAUGGACCGACUUUCUCGAGCAACAAAAAUCAAUUCAUGGAAGACUGUACUCGACCUUUCCUGCAGACAAGCAGGCCUUCGAAAGUGUUACCUUCCUCGAGGAGCUCGGUGAACGGCUCAGAAGGAAGAAGAUAGCGAACGAGCGCGAUCUUGAAUCAGUUCAGCACAACAUCCUCCAGACCCCCGUCACCAACAUUGUCGAGAUCCUCAAAGACCAAGAUGCGACAAAGCGAACAUUCGCUCUGGGCCGAGGCCUCACUUUCGACAAUCAUCCAAACGCGCUUAGUGAAAUGGCGCUCACGAACCAACACAACGACGUGCGAUAUCCGAUUCGAACCAGCUUCGCGCCGACCGGGUGUGCGUCUACAGGCACGAUGGCAUGGACAGGAGCCGGCGAAACCUGGCUUUCGUGGUUGAUUGCAAGCCGCCGCAUAAGUUGACGUUGCCUCACCUUCGUAUUAGUCUGCGGGAAAUGAAUAUACAGAAGGAGGUCGUGAACGUAUCAACGAUACCAAGCGACAAAGACGAGCUAUUCUCAUACCAUGCCGACGGGGUUGUCGCUGCCGCUAUUUCCCAGAUAUAUCACUACAUGAUCAUUGGCGGUCUUGCGUACAGCUAUGUUACAACUGGCGAGGCAAUCAUCUUCUUGAACUGGGCGUGU